AUGCCUACCAACACAUGGUCGUCGCAAACAGGCGACACAGCAGUGUCGUCAAGAACUUCGACACCUGCGAUACCUGAAAAGCCUAACGAAGAUGCUUCAUCUUCAUACGACCAUCAGGCUAUGGAGGAUAGAAGUAAGGGAGAGACUGGAUCUGGUCUGGACGAUGCGCCAACCGAUGCUCCAAGCACUGGUGGCUUCACUUUGCUCAUGACCGUCACAGCUUUGGCUCUGAGCAUGUUUUUGACCAUUGUCGCAACGGCAAUCCCGAAGAUCACCGAUGAGUUUGGUGGGAUUGAGGAGGAGGCUUGGUACGGUUCAGCGUUUUUCAUUACACUAGGAAGCUUCCAAGCGGCGUGGGGGAAAGGAUACAAGUACUUUCCGCUGAAGAUAUCCUUCCUCGUGUCAAUCUUUCUCUUUGAGGUUGGCAGUUUAGUGUGCGGUGUCGCGCCGAAUAGCAUUGCGCUCAUUGUUGGACGGGCUAUCACCGGCGUCGGAGGCGCUGGAAUUUCUUCGGGUGCCUUUACCAUUAUCGCAUUAUCCGCACCACCUAGACAGCGACCAGCAUAUAUUGGAAUCCUGGGUGCCUCUUAUGGAAUCGCUGCAGCUAUUGGACCUCUGGUUGGCGGUGCUUUCACUACCCACGUUACCUGGCGAUGGUGUUUUUAUAUCAAUCUGCCGAUUGGCGGACUGGCGGCCGGAAUCAUCCUGUUCUUCUACCGACCUCCUCCUCCAUUGCCCUUCCUGAAUACACCACUGAAAGAGAAGAUACUCCAAAUGGAUCUACCUGGUACCUUGAUCCUGGUUUCGGCUCUGGUCUGCUAUGUCCUUGCCUUACAGUGGGGUGGAGUUUCGCUGCCAUGGGGUGAUUCUAAAGUCGUUGGAACAUUAGUUGGAUUUGGUGUGCUGUUAAUUUCCUUUGCCAUUGUGCAAUGGGCACAAAAGGAACGCGCCGCAAUGAUUGGGCGACUGUUCCGCCGAAAUGUCGUGAUCAUGAUGAUCUACAUUGACCUGCUAGCGGGAACCUUUUUCUUGCUGGUAUACUACCUGCCAAUCUACUUCCAGGUGGUGUCGGGUGUCUCUGCUGCCCAGAGCGGAAUCCGGAACCUGCCUCUGAUCCUUGGCCAAAGUGUUUCGACUGUCAUAUCUGGUGUUGCCCUCAGCAGGUUUGGAUACCCACAACCAUUCCUCUUGGUUGGGGGAGUACUCACCGCGAUUGGAUCAGGCCUGCUGUACACGCUUGACGUUAAUACUGGCUCUGGAAAAUGGAUUGGCUACCAGCUGCUAGCAGGUAUCGGCAUUGGAUGGUGCUUCCAAGUUCCUGUGGUGACGGCACAGGCAUCUGUCGCGCCGGAGGAUCUACCGUCUGUGACGGCCAUGGUACUCACUGUACAAACCCUAGGGGGAUCGGUCUUCGUUUCAGCCGGCCAAUCAGCUAUGGUCAAUGUUCUUCUCAAACACCUCCAGAGUGAGACCUCAACCGUAGAUGCCUUCACGGUUGCGAUGACAGGCGCAACGGAGCUACACCAAAAGUUCUCUUCCGCUCAAAUGCAGUUCAUACUGACUGCCUACAUGGAUGGCCUCCAGGCGGCAUUUCUGGUGGCCGUUGUCGCGUCCAGCGUGGCCACCGUGGUCUGUUUGGCGACUCGGUGGGUUAAAUUCUCGGGUCAAACUACUGCUGCUGCCGCUGCAUGA